CAUCCCUCCGCCCCUCGGUCCCACCGCCACACGCCGCGCGAGCUCGGACCAGGCGCCCGCCCCUCCUCCUCGUCCUCGCCGCGGUCGCGAAGCCCCGAGCCGGCGGAAGCCCGGUGCUCACCAUGUCGGUCGCGCUCAGCAACAGGUUCCAAGGAGGGAAAGCGUUCGGUUUGCUCAAAGCCCGGCAGGAGAGGAGGCUGGCCGAGAUCAACCGGGAGUUCCUCUGUGACCAGAAGUACAGUGAUGAAGAGAACCUGCCGGAAAAACUUGCAGCCUUUAAAGAGAAGUACAUGGAGUUUGACCUGAACAAUGAGGGCGAGAUUGACCUGAUGUCUUUAAAGAGGAUGAUGGAGAAGCUUGGGGUCCCUAAGACCCACCUGGAGAUGAAGAAGAUGAUCUCGGAGGUGACGGGCGGGUUCAGCGACACCAUCUCCUACCGAGACUUUGUCAACGUGAUGCUGGGGAAACGGUCGGCGGUCCUCAAGCUAGUCAUGAUGUUUGAAGGAAAAGCCAACGAGAGCAGCCCCAAGCCAGUUGGCCCCCCUCCAGAGAGAGACAUUGCCAGCCUGCCCUGAGGACCCCCGCCUGGACCUGCCCCGCCCUCCCCACUCCUCUGCCUCCCUCCUGAUCUCACUGCCCUUCUCGACUCAUUGCGAUGUGUCUUAUUUGUUCUGUUUGGUCGUUGUGCGUUUGUUUUUUCGUCAGCAGGGUCAGUGAUCUCUUUGUAUAGCACAGGUUAUCUGCCUUAAAGGGGCUCUGGGUUGGGGAGUCCAGAUCGCCUCCUUCUCUUUUUCCCUGCAUCUCCCCUCCCUGUGCAGAAGGGCUGACAUUAAACCAAAAACCAGAGGGUGCAGGGCCAGGACAGGGAGACCGGAAACCUGUGAUUCCCGCACUUGAAGCUGGUACUGUUUGUCCUUCCAGGUCACUGAGCUAAGUCCUGAUACCCUGGCCUGGCCCUGGUGAGGCCCUCUGCCCCUUUCAGAAGACCCUGGAGUCGGGAUAAGGCUGCAGGGCCUCGUUAGGGUAUCCUCGGACAGCUCUGUGGUUCCAGUGCUCUUGGGUGGGCCAGGAUGUGGCCACACAAUGUCCCACCUCCUCAGCUGGUCCCCUCUCAGUCCACACUUCGUCUUAUCCUUAGUGAGGUGACAGAAGGAGAGAAGGAGAGGGACUUGGCAAUUUGAGCCCUUCAGGAAGGUUCCAGAGGAAUCCUCUAGCCUUGCCCCCUGGCCACACAUGUACAGGCAGCUCAGAGGAAGGGUGCAGCUCCCCCUGACCCUUGCUGGGGCUUCAGAGGCAGAGGGGGUCCAGGGGCCUUGGGGGAGGGGAUUCAGCUCAGUCUAGUCCCACCUUUUAGGGAGGAUGUUGAGGGCUACAGGAUAGGAGGAUGAGGACUUAAAUGCUCAUGGCAAAGAGAGGCAGCACCACUGUUAAGCCAGGAGCUGAGAAAUAGGUUGCCUUUCUGAUCCCAAUCUGCUUGAAACCUGACUCUGCUUCCCCAUUUGCCUUCACACCUUCCUUACACCAUUCAUUCAUUCAUUCAUUCACUCACUCCGUCAUUCAACAGGUAUUUAUUGACAACCUAUUAUAAGCUUUAAGUCCCCCCACUUUGUCCUGACAUGUGCCAUGUCCAGUGUCUCUCUAAUUCAUCAUUCUGUUUCCAAAUCACUCAAAACCUUGAGCUUGGGGAUUAGAUUGUCACCUGUGUUUUUUAUUAUGGACUAGGGUUUUAGAGCCCUGACUCACCCUGUAGGUUAGCUGGGCCAGGCCUCUCAGUUCACAGGUGAGGAAACUGUGGUGACCCACAGGGAUUAAGUGCCUUGCCCUAGGGCGGGGGUCAACCUGGAGAUGGAAGAUCCGGACCGGGGCCCAGGUGUUCAGAUGCCCUGCCCAUGCCUCAGUCAGUGAUGAAAACAAGGGAAGGGGCGGAGAGGGGCAGUCUCCUAGGUCAACCCUUGGGCGAGGCCCUGGGCCAGGAUUCACCCUUCCCAGUGCCUCCGAGGCAGCAUCAGCAGGGACCCCAGCCUUGACCCCACCUGUAUUCUGGAGUCCCUUCCCCUGCCCACUCAGGACUUAGAUGCACUCAUCCAUUGAACGUGUUUAUUAACCACCUGUUAUGGGCCAAGAGCUAAGAACCCAGUAGUGAAAUGGACAGACUCAUGGAAUUUAGAGUCUAGUGGGGAAGUCUGACCCAGGUGAUGAAAGUUAGGAAAGAGGAGGAUAUGAGGUGACUGCAGGGCAAUCCUGGGGGGCCUAACUGGGCCCAACACUGGGCAAGGGUCUUGGAGAAGCCUUCACAAACCUGAAGAGGAGAGCUGUGGGGGGGGGGGGCGCUGGAGCCCUUGGGAGCUCACUGUGACUCCUCUGACCUGUAAUCAAGGCCAAGGAGCUGACUUUACAGCAGCUGCAGGGAGUGGAGCAGGUAGGGGAUGGGGAAACAGCCAGGUGGGGUUAAUCCACUGGUCUCGGCCAGUUCAGGAACGAGAUUAUUCGGCCACGACUGGCUGAUCUUCGGCCUAAGAAGGUACUUCAAAUGCAUAAGCCUAGUUGAAGUUUAAACCCCAGCAGAACAUUCCACCCUGUACAUGUAAAAUCUCACCUCCACUCCCUCCCCUGCCUUUUUUUUUUUUU